AUGGAGGUCACACUCGAGGCCAUCAUUGCCAUCGUAUCGCUCGUUGUAGGGCUCCCGCCGGCACUUUUGAUGCUUUGGCGAUGCUGCCAGUCCAGACGACGGAGCCGGACAGCAGAACACCGCUCCAUCGUUCCAAACAGGUCGACAUCCUUCGAAACAAUGCCCCAAGAAGAGAACAUGAUGUGGCUGCGUUCGCCUGUCAGGGUGUGGACAUUUGUUGGGUACCAGAUGGAUUUGAUGCCCCGCCAACCUGUCGUGUUCCCGCCACAACAAGCACGAGAGCCGAGGGACUAUAACUUUCAACGCCUUCGGGAUUUGAAUACUUAA